ACGGGUGUCUUUUUUUUGGAACACGUGGGCUUGCUUGAGUUUGUUGGACUGCAUUUCAUUGCUGCACCUAUGGAAGAAGCCAAGGCGAGUCCCGGCCCUGCAGUGGAGGCAGAAGCCGAGUGGAAUAUUCCGCCCAACGCUCCCGCCUGCAUGGAGCGCCACCUGGGCGGGGCCCAUUACCGAACAGAUGGUUCUCUGCUUCUGGGAGCAUCCAGUUUAAGUGGACGUUGCUGGGUUGGUUCCAUUUGGGUAUUCAAAGAUACAUCAAGAGCUCCUAAUGAAGGCUUUUGCUCUGCGGGUGUUCAAACUGAAGCAGGAAUAGCAGAUCUGAAGUGGGUAGCAGACAAAGGAAUCUUGGUAGCAUCAGAUUCAGGUGCUGUGGAAUUUUGGGAGCUGGAUGAGAAUGAGACUCUCAUAGUGAACAAAUUCUGUAAAUAUGAGCAUGAUAACAUUGUGACAACUGUGAGUGUUGUUUCCAACAACACACAGGCCAUCAGUGGCAGCAAAGAUUUCAGUGUGAAGAUCUGGGAUAUCCCUCAGCAAACAGUCCUCAGCACGUACAGAGCUCAUUCUGGACAAGUGGCCUGUGUGGCCUCCUGCCCUGGAAAGGAUACAGUAUUCCUGUCCUGUGCUGAGGACAGCAGGGUUUUACUCUGGGAUACCAGAUCUCCAAAGCCAGCAUCUCGAAUUGCCUGCAAUGCCUCUUGUAAUCUUUCUACCUCACUGGCAUGGCAUCCACAUCAAAAUGAGACUUUUGUUUUGGGUGACGAAAGUGGGAUGAUUGCACUUAUAGACACAAAGAAUCCAGACACUAUCAUCAGUUCAACUGUGCAUUCCCGUAGUAUCACAGGAUUAGCUUUUUCUGCACACAGUUCACCUCAGCUGGCUUCUAUCAGUGAAGAUUGUUCUGUUGUUGUUCUUGACUCCAGUUUUUCAGAAGUUUUUAGGAAUCGGUCUCAUCGAGAUUUUGUAACAGGCUUAUCAUGGUCUCCCUUGAAUAAAAACUCAUUGACAACAGUUGGAUGGGAUCAUCAAGUUCUACAUCACACAAUCCCAGUGCAGAAUAACCACCUUUCUGGGAAAAACGAUAUUAUCACUGCAUAGUUUAUACUUCCUGGGUUCUUUCCUCUGGAAUUGCUCUUUUUGUGGGGAGAAAUAAUGGGGCUAAAUAAUGUUCCAUGCAGCAAAGAAUGGUCCUAUAACAAUUUCAAGUUAGAUGAACAGAAGAUGCCUUCCAGCUGCCUAUUAUAGCCAGUCAAAUUCUACAAGAAGUUGAAGUUUUAUAGUGGUUUGGACAAUAAUACAAAAGAAUUGGUUUCCUUUAAUUUUGGUUGGCAAUACUUUAUACAACUUCGAAAAUGUUGCAGAUGCAAUUUUUCUUUGUGUAUUUUUUACUGUGGAAUAAAUCUUACAGCCCUUUCUGGACUUGCCUUCCAGAUUUUAGUCAGAUUAAUAAUUUAAUAUACUCAGUUCACAUUUCAUAUGCAUCAAUUUAGUUGUAGGGCUUCCAUUUAGACAUUCUAGUUGGGGAAUCUUCUAGUGUGAAGCAAAAAAAAAAUCUUUCCAAUUUCCUGACACAGAAUUUCUUAUACAUUCAAUCGUGUAGUAAUAAAAUCCAAUAGUUGGAUUUAUGUUUCUUGAACAGCAACUCUUCAUGGUUCUCUAGCAUACAUUGCAGAUAAAACCUCACUUGUAACAAUAGCAAGAUGCAUGUAAAAUACUUUUUGUUUUAACUUUAGGAUG